AUGAUAGUAACCACCUGCGGAGGAUAUGUUAACACCUCCUCCGCAUUAAUUGAGUAUCAACCUGGAGCGUCAAUUAGAGCAGAUCAGCAAUGCGUCUGGAUUGUGAAAGUUCCCUUAACCUUUCUCCGAUUUCGCCUUGUUUCUUCCGGACUUGGAGAAAAUGAUGGACUUUUCAUCAACGAUUUCCUCUCAUACGCGCCAACAACACAGAAAAAAUUAAUUGUUGGAGAAAAUUAUACCGUCUCCUCGGACCAGGCCGUCAUCACUUUAAGCGUGGGGCAUGCCCCGACACGUGGAUUUUCCUUGGAGUUCUUCUCCAGUGGGAUGGUCACUGCCCGCGGACCGUACUCUGGGUUCGCCAGCCUCAAUAUGAACAGUGGGAAUUUCUCGUAUCCAAGCAACGGGGGGCAGUAUCGGGACGGAGAAAAUGCUGUUUUUGUCGUCAACCCAAUCGUCCCAGCGCAAAGGACGUUACGAUUUACAAGAAUGGGUUUAGAAUACGCUAAUAAUUGCGUCUAUGAUGCCGUAUCGGUGUACAAUUGGUUCAAUAAUGAGUACAUUCAAUUAGGAAGAUAUUGUGGAACUACAUUACCACCAACAUUUACCCUGGAGGCGGGCGUGGCUUUGGUAGUUUUCAGAUCGGACACAUCAAAUGUGGGGGUAGGGUUUGCAUUCGAAUGGUUGUAAAAAAUUUAAAUAGUUACAUAGAUAAUUGACAAUUUUG